AGCAUUUAGUCGAUAUCAGAGGUUGGUGACGGGUGUUUUUUUAUCCAGCUUUUGGAGCGUACUUUGACAGUAGUUUAAAAAUGAGCAGCGUAAAGCCGUUGGAUUUCAUUUUAAUUGGCAAAACAGGAAAUGGGAAAAGCGCCUCAGGAAAUUCCAUCUUAAUGAAAGAAAAGGUUUUUAAAAGCAAUUAUAGAUCAUCCUCUGUGACAAAAAAGCCGCAGUACGAAUGGAGUAGAUUUGAAAAUUAUAAGAUACAAGUAGUCGACGCACCAGGAGUAAUUGAUACACAUUCAAAGAAAGAUGAAGACAUCAAACUCAUCACAGGAGCCAUGGAGAAAGCUAUAAUAGCUAAUCCUGACGGUUACCACGCGUUUUUAGUUGUUGUAAAAUUCGGUACAAGAUUUACUGAAGACGAACAAAAAGCGAUUCAGAUACUGAAAGGAAUACUGGGAGAGGAUUUUCUUAGAAACUAUGGCAUCAUUAUCUUGUCCAAUGGGGACGAUUUUAAACGAGAACAAGAUGAAAACAAUUUGACAUUAGCCAAUUUUUGCGAAGAAGAGGAAGGUCCUUUCAAAGAACUUUUGAAUGAGUGCAGCAACAGAAUUGUUGUGUUUGACAAUGUUACGAAAAAGUCAGAUGAAAAGAACGAGCAAGUAAAGAAUCUUGUUAAAAUGGUGGAUUGUCUCCCAAGUAGGGGCACAAGAUACACGAAUGGACUUUUCGAAAAAGCUGCUUUGGAACGUAAACGCAUGUAUAUAACCUCGAAAUUACCCAUGAUUCAAAAAGAAACAUUUGAAGCUCAAAGUCUAAUUUUAGAUGAAAUAAAAAAUAGCGAUUUCGAGCGAAACGAAAGAAAAAAAGUAGAUCUAUUGUCCCAACUUUUUCCACGAAUUGAUGUUAUCAUCAAUGACUUAACUAAAAAGGAUCAGGGUACUGGGGCACUGAAAGAAUUGUUGGAUAACGUGAAGAAGACCAGAAAUGACGUAACGAAUAAAAUAAAGCACGCUAAGCAAAUAAUCGAAGAAAAUGAAAAAAUGAAAGCUUUAGAAGAGAAGAUUAAAAAAGAAGCAGAGCAGGCAAUUUUACAGAAAACACAGCAACUCGAGAAAGAAAGAGAAGCGGGACGAAAGCAAAUGGAGGAAGAAAUGAAGAAACUUGAACUAAAGCUGCAACUGAUGGCCAAAGAGGAAGCAGAUAAAGAAAGAAAGAAAGCUGAAAAAGGAAUGAAAGAACAAGCAAAGCGUAUUGAAGAAGAAAAUAAAAGAAGAGAAGAAGAGAUAAGACGCCAUGCCAAGGAAGAAAUGGACCGACAGCAAGCACUAAUAGAAAAAGAAAAGGCGGAAAAUAAAAAGCGUGCAAAGAAGGAAAAAGAAAAAUUGAAGCGCGAAUUAGCUGAAACUGAAGAACGGUAUAGACAAAUUAAGGAAGAGGCCGAUAAAGGUUUUUUUACUAAAUUGAAAGAUAAUGUACUUGGUUUUUUCGGAUUUUAGUAAAAUAUCCUUAAAUUCUAGGCAAAACUACCGAGAAUGAAUGAAUUUGCUCUGUCAUCAUUUUUUUUCAUGUAAACAUAAAGUAGUUGGAUUUCAUUUUUUAUUAGUAGAAUUUUACUUAUUGGGUAACAUUAUCAUUUAAAUGCAUAAUAAAAACUUCAUUUUACAAAGAUUAUAUAAAUCCUUUCCCAGCAACAUUUUUGCCUUCAAAAAGUUUUUUCAGUCGUGUACAUUUACAAUAGUAUGAAACUUAGUAGAUUAAUCUUUACAUUGCAAUGUGUAGUACUUUUCUUUACAAAACUUUUAAUCUUUUACAUAUUUUAGUUUUAUCUGCAUAUGCUAUAAGCCUUCCACGUUUGCGUCAGAGUUACAUUUACUCUCUGUUAUAGUAGAAAUAUAAAUACUGUUUGUACUUUUAAUUAGACUUAAUAUGUGUGAGUUUAAUAAUAUUUGUAUUAAUAAAUUUACGUACGUCUCGCUGAA